AUGGAGGAUUUGAUGAACCCGUCUCAACAUGUUGACAAAGUUAUUAAUCGACAAUCAAAGGAAGACAUUUUGAAAAACCGGUUACGGCUCAAGACAACGAUAAAGUGUGUUCGGUGGCUUACAUAUCAGGCAUGUGCUUUUAGGGGUCAUGAUGAAUCUUUGGAUUCUAAAAAUCGUGGAAAUUUUAUUGAAAUGGUCAAGCAUACAGCAAAGUUUAAUGAUGAGGUGGCUGGAGUUGUUUUAGAGAUUCAAAAGGAGAUUUUAAAUAUUCUCGCAAACAAAGUGAGAAAAAAAAUUCGUGAAGAAGUUGGGCAUGCUGCUUUUUGUAUCCUUGUUGAUGAAUCACAAGAUACGUCAAAUAGAGAGCAAAUGGCUAUUGUUUUAAGAUUUGUUGAUAAUGAUGGUUUUCUACGUGAACGUUUUUUUGACAUUGUGUGGGUUGAAGACACUACUGCAUCAACACUUCAAAAAGAGAUCAAGAAAGUACUUGAUCUCCAUGAAUUAUGCAUUGACAAGAUGAGAGGUCAAGGUUAUGAUGGUGCUAGUAAUAUGCAGGGUGCAUGGAAUGGGCUACAAGCAUUAUUUCUUAGAGAUUGCCCAUAUGCAUAUUAUGUACACUGUUUUGCUCAUCAACUACAGUUAGCAUUAGUUUCAGCAUCAAAAGAAGUGGCUACAAUUUGGUUAUUCUUUUCAUCAUUGAAUUCAAUUGUCAAUGUCAUUAGGGCUUCUCCAAAACGUCAUACUGAGUUACAAGUUGCUCAAUCAAUGAAUAUUGUAGAGCUGUUGAUUGCUGGUGAAAGAGAGACUGGUAGAGGAGCUAAUCAAAUUGGUACCUUGCAUCGACCUGGAGCUACUCAGUGGAGUUCUCAUUACGAUUUUGUUUGUGAUUUAAUAGAAAUGUAUGAUGCAGUUUGUAUAGUUCUUGAGAAUAUAAAGGAGGAUGGAUCCACAGGCUCCUUACGUGGGGAAGCUACAGGUGGAUACAAUGCGAUUAGGCAAUUCGAAUUUGUAUUCAUCUUGCAUCUAUUGAAAGAAAUUAUGGGACUCACAGAUAUUCUUUAUCGAGAACUACAACAUAAGUCUCAAGACAUUGUGAAUGCUAUGAACCUAGUUGGUACAACAAAAGAUGUCCUUGGAAAAUUGAGAUUAAAUGGUUGGGAAACUUUUAUUGGGAAAGUAGAUUUGUUUUGCAGGAAACAUGACAUUGAUAUGCCUGAUAUGAAUGCUCAAUAUAAAGUGGGAACCGGUCGUUCUUGUUAA